AUGGCGCGAAAGAUCGCCACGCUGUUGUUGCUUUUUGCGUACGGCUCCUGCAUGAAGAUGCGGGAGACCGUCGAGCGGACGGUCAUGGUACGGACCACUGGCUCUGACCUUCAGCCGGCCGCCACCGGCUACAUAUACAAGAAAGAAAGUAAUGGCCCCGCCAGUGUCGUUAAAAUGGGAGAAAGUGAAGUGAUUGAACAUUUUUCUAAACUGUACACUAAGCCCGAGGCGUUUAAGGCACCCUUGCCCGCCGCUGCUGGACCUUUCUAUGCCAAAGAUGAAGAUGAAGCCAAAGCUGCUUCGUACACCGCGGAGGAACAUGUUAAACCCGUUGAAGAGAAAACUGAAGACGAACACGACGAUCGUAUAGACGGGCUAGCAGCCGAGAACUACGACAAAAUCUUCGAAGAUUACGCAAAGCGGUACGGGUCAGGUUACAAAGAUGAUUUUUCAGACUAUUUGCAUGGAUUAGGACAUUUCGAUCACGGUAUUUACCACGACUUUGGGGGUGGGAAGGACUUUGGUGCGAAAGGAUAUUACGGUCAUGGGGAUAAAGGAUAUGAAGGACACGGGAAAAAAUAUCAUUACGAGAAAGGAGAAGCGGGGAGUUACCACUCAGGAAAACAAGAAGGUUACGGAGUAUCUAAAGAGGGAGGCCUCAAGGGCCAUUAUGAUGAAGCCGAUGGUCACGGGAAGCACUACGCUCACGGACAUGAAUACAAAGGAGAUGAUCACGGACACAAAGCUGGUCACCUCAAAGGAGAAGAGGUCGAUGGAUAUCACAAAGUCUUCGAUAAAAACGAAUACAAGAAGAACAAAGACUUUUACGAUGCAGAAGGUCUCAAAGGAGACCACCACAAGUACGAAGAUGGACAUGCAAAUCAUGGAUCAGGGGCCGGAGGGUACGAGAAGGGAGAGUCUCAUGAUUCAGGACAUCACGAGAAGGGUUUCGGAAAAGGAGGACACUUCGCCAAGGAGUCUGGAGACGAGCAUGACGCAGCACAUUCCUCAGAGGAAGAUGGAGAAGCCCAUCAUCACAAAGGAGGAAAAUUCGGGGCUAAGGGCGAGAGCUUCGCUUACGAAGUCAAGCACUGA